AUGAAUAAGAUAUUAUCAAUAUUUUAUGUUUUUAGUUUAUUUGUAUUUGUAGUAUUUGGUAUUUAUGAAGAAGAGAUUGGAAAAAGAGAUUGGUCAAUUAGAAAUAUAGGUCAAUAUGAAAAUAGUUUAUAUUUCCCAUAUGAUGAUACAAUCUUAGUUCAUUCUAAAUUAUUAAAUAAACUCGAUAAUACUGAAGAUACAACUACAACAACAACCACAACAACAUCACAUGUUAUCAGUCUUUUAAAUUCAUCAAAUGGCGUACAAAGAUGGAGACAAUUAUUACCAAUUCAAGAACAAACUUUUCAAACUUUAACAUUUAAUAGUUUUGAUAAUGAUUGUAUAUAUUGGAAUAGAAAUAAUGGUGAAUUAUUAUGGAGCUAUGAUACAAGUUUAGCAGUUGAAGGUAAUUGUAAUAUUGCAGAUAUUAUAAAUAAAGAUGGUAUUAUUAGAAUAUUAUGUGAUCAAGCAAUUCUAUUUAUAAAGAGAGAGAAACAAGUUAUAAUAUUAUCAAAUAUAAAUAUUGAUAAUGGUAUUGAAUUGAAAUCAUUAAAUUUACAAAAUCUUUAUUCAAUCUCUAAUAAUAGUGAUCAAAUUAAAUUUAUAGAAUUUGAUUCAAAAUUUAAAAUUUUAACAACAACAAAUAAUAAAAUUCAAAAAUUAUCAAAUCCAAUUCAAUCAAAUCAAUUAAUAAUAAAUGAAAAUCAUUUAAUAAAUAAACAAAUUUUAGUAAUUUUAACAAAAUCUUUUAAUUUAGAUAUUAUUAAUAUUAAUAAUAUUAAUAAUAAUGAAGAAUCAAAGAUUUUCAAUACAAAUUUAAAUAAAAUUUUACCAAAAGAUAAUGAACAACAAGAUUUAGAAAUUAAAUCAAUUUCAUCAAUUUCAAAUAAUAAUCAAUUUAUAAUUAUUUUAUCAAAUGGUAAUCAUUUAUUAGUUGAAUUUAAUAUUGAAAAUAAUUCAUUAGAAAUUGUUAAAUCAAUUAAAAGAACAAAUAUAAUUAAAACUUCAUCUACUGCCACUGCUACUACAUCAUCAUCAUCAUCAAUGAAUUUAUUAAUUUAUUUAAUUAGUGGUAAUGAAAUUGAAGAUGGUGAAUAUUCAAUUGAAGUUGUGAAUGGUGGUUUAAUUGGUAGUGAAAAACUUUCAAGUAUUUCAAAGAGAUUUAAUGGUUUCAUUGAAAAGGUUACUAGUUUCAAUGGAUACAUUUUAAUUUCAAUGUCAGAUUGGUCAAUCCACAUGUUUAAAUUAAAUGGUGCAGUUGUUGAAUCAUUAUGGUCAAGAGAAGAAUCAUUAUCAUUCAUUCUAUCAACUGAAAUCAUUGAUUAUCCAUUACCUGAUAUUUCAAAAUUAGCUCAACUUCAAUAUGAAUUCAAUGAAACUGAUGGUUUUUUCACUCAUUUUUCAAAAAGAAUUUCAACUCAAAUUUCUGAUAUUUUUGGACUAACUACUACCACUGCUACCACUACUACCACCACUACUACUACUGAAGAAAAUGAACAAAUUAAAAAAAUUAUAAUUGUUACAACAAAAUCAGGAAAAGUACUUGGAUUAAAUAGUAAAGAUGGUAGUGUAUUAUGGUCAAUUUUAUAUUUAAAUUUUAAUGAUAAAUUAAAUGUAAUGAAGGUUUAUAUUACAAAGAAAACAGUUUAUGAAUCACCAGAGGUUGCAAUUAUAUUCCCAUUGUUGAAUCAAGAGCCAAAGAGUUUAAUUAGUUUUAUUAAUCCAUUGGAUGGAAAGGAGCGUAGUUAUCGUAUUAUCAAUCAUAAGUUAUUACAUACAAAUGUUCUCUCUCAAUGGUCUGAUCCAAUAACUCAUGCACAAAUGAUGUAUUGGGUAAUCAAUUAUCCAGUGGAUCAUCCAUCACCAAUGGUUACACUAUAUCCAUGGAAUGAUAAAACUAGAAAACAAUGGUCACGUUUAAAACAAUACUAUUUCUAUUUAAUUGAUAAAGAUCAGUCAGAGAUUAAAGGUUACGGUAUCGAAUCAUUGGCAGAUGGUAAACAUGGUGGUAUUAAAUCAAUUCCAACUUGGAAUAUUAAAUUCAACAAUGCCAAAAUCAUUGCCACCUCUUCAAUGAACCCUCAUGAAAUCAUUCAAUCUCCUGCUAUCAUUUUAGGUAAUCGUGACCUUUUACCAAAGUAUAUCAAUAGAAAUAUGAUAACCAUAGCCACUUUGGAUGAUCAAUCUAGUGUAGGUGCUGCUGCAUCAGCAGUAUCAGUGUUAACUAUAACCUUGGUAGAUUCAAUCACUGGUGAAAUUAUUAAAUCAUUCAAACAUCAACAUUCUUCAAAUAAGAUAUCAUUGGUUCAAACAGAGAAUAGUGUAGUUUACUCUCAUUAUGAUAUAAUGUCACAAACUCAAUUGAUUUCAUCGAUUGAUAUAUUUGAGAGAAAUAUAGAUUGGAAGACAGAGACAGUUUCAAGCUUUAAUUCCACCACUGCCACUUUAUCAGGUCAAUUAUCAGAUCAAUUAAUAAUUAAACAUAAAUCAUUCGUUUUCGCUCACGGUCUUAUUAAAACACUAUCAUUAUCAAUCACUGACAGAGGUAUCACAUCAAAACAUAUACUCGUUGGUUUAACCAAUGGUCAAAUCUUACCAAUAGAUAAGAAAUUCAUAAAUGCUCGUCGUCCAUAUCCAAGUGAAGUUACACCAAAUGAUGCUGAAGAACAAUUGAUUCCAUAUAAACCAAUACUUCAAUUCCCACCUUGGUUAUUUACAACCUAUAAUUCAACUGUACAAGGUUUAACAACUAUCACUAGUACUGGAACUGAUUUAGAAUCAACUUCUCUAGUUUUCGCUUAUGGUCAACCAGAUGUUUUCUGUGUCUUAAUCACACCUUCACUUCCUUAUGAUAUUCUCUCUGAUCAAUUCAAUCAUAUCUCUUUAAUAGUAACAUCUUUAACUCUUUUAAUUUUAGCAUUUGUCGCUAAAAAUUAUAAAAAUUCUUUAUUAUUAUCUAAAAAAUGGAAAUAA